UCAUUGGCUGCACUGUGUUCAAGUCACGCGCACUGCUGCGGUAUUCAUAACAUUUUUUAGCAGACUCGUUCACAUUAAUCUUAUCCCGAAAGCUGAAAAUGGAUUUUCUGGUUAAACUAUUUGCCCAGAACAGGAAAGUAGCUUUUUGCAUGACAGGGACGGCUGUGGCUUUGCUCGGAAUCGCGCUUGGUUACAGAUACACGCGCAGGCAGAAAAAGUUAACUCGAGUCGGUGUUGUGUCGCAGCUGUUGCUUCAUCCCAUGAAGUCUGGGAAAGCGGUGUGUGUUCCUGCAGCCGAGUGUCUGAGAAUGGGCCUUAAAUGUGGAGAUCUUCGUGACCGUCACUGGCUGGUCAUUACAGAAGAUGGCCACAUGGUGACAGGGAGACAGCAGCCUCGCUUAGUUCUUGUGUCUCUGACUUGUGAGGGGGACCAGGUCUGUCUCAAUGCUCCUGAGAUGGAGGAGCUCAAGUUUCCCCUUAACCAGCCCAGCAAUCCCAUCUUUAAGUGCAGGGUGUUUAGUUCAGACACCGAAGGCAGAGACUGUGGUGAUGAAGUAUCUAACUGGUUCACUCGAUAUCUGGCAGCAGACAAGACCUUCCGCUUGGUGCACUUUGAACCUCAGUUAAAGGCACGAGUGCCUCCUGAGAAAGGCUUUCCCAAGGAUGAAAAGGUGGCUUAUCCUGAUGCUGCUCCUGUCAUGUUGAUGUCCGAGUCUUCUCUGAAUGACUUGAGCAGCAGAAUGGAUCGUGACAUCUCUGUUUGUCAGUUCCGGCCCAGCAUUGUGGCCAGCGACUGUGAGCCUUUCAGUGAGGACUCAUGGGACUAUGUACAGAUUGGCCAAGUGGAGAUGCAGAGAGUUAUGGGCUGUGGAAGGUGUAUUUUCACCACUGUUGAUCCUGAAACUGGAAUAAUCACUAGAAAAGAGCCACUGGACACUCUCAGAACUUAUCGGCUAACCGACCCUGCCCAGAAAACUGCACCAAUACUUGGGCAGUACUACACAGUGAAGAAAACUGGGAUCUUCCAUGUUGGUGAUCCCAUAUACAGAAUUAGUUACUGAGGAAGGACAUGAUGGACCUAACAUGAAGCUCAAAUCUUAGAACAAAUAUAUAAUUCAUGUCAAUGUAAUAUGCAAAUUUGCAUGUCAUUAGUGCUUACAACCAACACUACUUUGUGUGCAUAAUGUACAUGUGCAGAUGUUCCUUAAGAAGUUUAAAGGAAAACAUUGAAUA